CGACACUUCGACUCAAUGCGAAGAGAAGAAAAGAAUCGCGAAGUCGGCUUGGAAUUGCGUUUACGUAGUGAAGUGUUUUUUUCUAAAUUCCUUUACAUAUCUACUAAGUAUGGUAUAAAUAAAAUUUCAAAAUGGAUAUCAAAGUUUCCAUUCCGGAGCAACCGGAUCUUUUAUUCUUUGAUACCUUCUCUCACGAUACCAGCGAGGAGUUGAAUUUGGACUUGGUGCAGUUUCCGAAGUCAGUUUAUGUGCGAGAAAUUCGUAUAAUACCGUUAGGUGCGCGGGUCGAAGGGGAUUUUCCGGGCGGGGUGCGGCUAGGCGCUACUAAUCCGACGAAAUUCCACAUAGAUUUUUUCGUGAAUGAUCUGAGCAAGCCUGGAGCAUCUACCUUUGAAGCUUUGGGAAGCUUAGACUACUGCCAGAAUGGACAGAUACAUAUGGAAUGUGGAUCUGGUUUGGACCAGCCAAGGAUUCCAACUGACGGUCUAGUUCUUAGAGGAUGGUACACAACAAUCACUUUGGCAGUUUAUGGGAACCUCACCCAAGUCGUCCCAGAUACACCAAUAGGGGCUAACCCCCCUCCAACCGUCCAGCGGCCUACUAUCACCCGGGAAGUUGUCCCAGUGGCCCCCGCCAGUGUGCCGCCACCACAGGGUGACUGGAACCAAGAGGCUCUAAACCCCAUACCUUCCUACACCGGCAAUGUUGCUGCUAGCAACCCUGAUGCCUAUGGAGGCAAUAACUACCCUCCAGAAAACUAUGAAAAUCAAAUAUACAGGAAUGAGUAUUACGAAAAUGAACCUCCUAAAGAUCCGAGGGCCUAUCAUCACGUCGAAAUGGAAUGGGAUAAAGAGAGAAGGGAAAUCAGCUGCGAAAGAGAUGCAUUGAGACACAGCCCUAGGUCUCUUGAACAUGAUAGAGAUAGAAGAGAUGUGAAGUGCAGAAGGCGAUCGUUAGAAAGAGGGCGGAGUCGUGAACUAUCUAGACAUCGAAGUAGAGAUUUGGAGCGCAUUGAUAGGCUUCACUCGAGGUCCAGAAGUCGCGAUAGAGAUUAUGUGGUCAAGGGAGAAUAUAGGCCUUUGAGCCGUUCGAGGUCCAGAAGCAUUGACAGGGACAGGUUGAGAGGCUCAGCUGAUAGGGACUGGGAUCGUGGCUCAUAUAAAAAGGAUGACUACCGCAGGCAUCGCGAUACGUCUUAUGACCGCUCGCGUGGAGGAUCUUACGAAAAAGAUUCCGGUUCAUAUGAACGUCGUUCUCCUUACGACAAACGGGCACCAUCCUAUGAUCGUCAAAUGUCUUACGAGAAACGUGCUCCGUCUUACGAGAAGAGAUUGUCUCCUUAUGACAAACGAGGGUCGUCCUACGAACGCCGCGCUCCGUCUUAUGAGAAGCAGGCUCCUUAUGACCGCAAGAGGCACUCCCCUUACAGUCGCAUGAGGGGAUCCAGCUACGGCAGCAGAUCUCCUAGUCGUGACGACCCACGGAAGAGGCCUAGGACUCCACCUGGGGAAAUCAGUCGUAGACCAUUAAGUCCGAGAGAAGGCGAUGCCAGCCCCAUUAAUUCCAUAAGAUCAGAAGAAACUGGUGAUUUCGACCGCAGCAGUAAACAAAUACCUAGAGUGGAAUUCUACCACCAGAGUUAUCGUCACAAAAGCUCAAUUCGUAGUCCCUCGCAGGAGGUUGAAGCCCCUCCUUACGUUGAUCAGAAACAUUCCAGUCUUGUCACUGUCCAAAUUGUCGAUAAUCCACCAGCUCCUAAAGCUGUAGCGUCUCCAACCAGAUGUCCAGAAGAAGAAGUAUCAAUGGACGCGGAACAAUUUGAACCUAUACUCUCAGAUGAAGAUAUUUGUGACGAUUUGGAAAGUCCAUAUAUGGAUGUGGAUUAUGAUGUCAAUGAAUACUGUGGCGUUGACGACAUCAUCAAGUAUUACAACCCCUUUAAAGCUGACUGGAAGAGAUACGAGUAUGUGAAUAAAAUUCAGUCUCUGGCCACAACAAAAAUUGAUGGAGCGAAAGAUGUAAUGAGUGCAACUUUUGAUGAAUUAUGUGACGCUAGCCCUGAUCUAUUUAAAAUUUGGGAUAUGGCCAAAACUGGAGAGAAAAGGGAUCAGAAAUUCCUUGCGAACACUUUCACUGACAUCGAAAAUCCGGCAAGGGAAGAAUGGGUGCAACAGUGCGAGCAGCUGUUUGCUUCGUUGACGAAUGUUUGUAAAGAUACAGAUAUCAUUAUUAGAAUUUUCCGUGACAAAGUCGAGGAUGAUCAGUUUGACGAUAUAUACAAUAUGCUCUUGACGUUCUGCGAGAUUGGGCUGAGUUUUGAUUGCGCGUUGGCACAGCAACUGCCGACUUAUAAGAUACGGCAUAUGAAAUGCGGGAUACGUCUUGCAGAAGCAUUGAUGAGUCACCGUCAUAACGGUCAAGUCAUGAAGGGCUUACUUAAAGCGGGGAUAGACAUGCCUAUGUUGCUCUUGGAAAUGUAUGCUAAAGAAUAUAUGGCAUUGAGCAUUAGACUCAUGAUUUUGAAAUCGCUCAACGCGUGUCUUUCUUCUAAAGAAUCUGUGGAGCAUUUCAUGAAAAACGCGCUCUAUCCCAAGUUCGAUAAAAAAGAAAAUGGAAUAGACAGAAAACCAAAAAAUGGAUACCAAGCCCUUAUAUCUAUAAUGCAGAGUGAUCCACUCGCCAGAAUCAAAUUUUCGAUUAGUGCUUUGAUAAAGAAACUAAAUAUUUACGAAUUGUUGUCUAAACUUCACGAUUUAGUCAUAAAUUUUAAUAAAACUGCUGCGGUAAAGGACAACCGAAAUGAAGAUGCAGAGCUAUCGGAAAGUGACACGCACUUUAUCGUUAAUUCUUUAGAGGAAAUUCUAUACAUGUAUAGAACUCAAUGCUUUCAUCUGUCGCAGCCUAAACGAUUCCUCCCUGUCUCAGCCCAGUUUGAGAUAAACAAAGAGUGCUCCAACAAGAUUUUACUCGAGUUCUUCAACAUCCAUCAUUUUUUGGAAGUCUGCCUCUACUUGCUGACUUGCCCUUCCACUUGCAACAACUUAGUUGUCAUCAGCCCUAUCCACGAUUUAAUUUACGAACUAGUCUACACAAAUAACGGGAUUAAUUUCCUUUACAAUAAUAUGGCAAUGAGUGAAUUGCUUUUCAAGACUUUAACACAGCCGUAUGGUCAGCAAAAUAGCGAGGAAUUUUUAUAUCCUCACGAUUUGAGUAACUACAGUGAUUUGCAAAUUUUGGGAUUGGAAAUGGCGUAUAGGUUGAAAGCGUUGUAUUACAUUCAGUCUAUCUUUGACCUGCAAGUUGGGAAGGCUGACGACAACGAAUUGAUUGAUAGGCUUCAGUUGUUGUACUGCCUCAGUUUUGGAAAUAUCGGUAAAACAGCAGUACCCGAGAUCAUAGUGAUGGGAGCGAACGCUGAAUGUCUCAUGGAGGUUUUUGAGAGCGACCUUAAGAGUAAAAGCAAGAACGAAUCUCCUUCUAAACAGAAAUCCCCAGCUAAAGGCUACGCUAUAGAAUUGAUCGUUGCCGCAGUGCGAAAUUCUGCCAACGUGCCUUUCUUGAAGAAAUACGGUCCAAGGCUCCUUGCAGUUUCUAAAGAGCACGAUCGCUUUGAACCUAGCGUUUCGAGUGUAUUACAAGAAUUGAUACCCUAUCUUAAACCCAUUGAAAAACCGAGUGUUUUAUCAGGGGAAGAUAUGGCUGAAUGCGUAGAGAUUCUAAAGGCUAGUUCGGAACACGCGCCUGAUCUACCCGGCGAGCUAACGAGUUGCCUGAGAAUACUGAGACAUUUCUGCAUAUCCCACUACGAUUACAACAUGCCUAUCACGAGCGAAACGGCGACAGAGGAAUACGUUGAACUCAAAUAUAAAUACAAUGUUCUCCAAUUGUUUUCCCUCGAUGGAGUCGCCCAUCUGGCUGGUAUUUUAGACCGUAUAGCCACUCAGUUCGAGCAGCCAAGUAUGCAUACAUCUUUCUUCGCGUCCGCCAGAGGACUGCAAUUAGCACAGAUAAUUCUACCGUGUUUGAGAUUGUUGGACGAAAUGUUAGCAAGGGUAGUCCGAUGCCGUGGUCCGAGGUUCAGAGAUUUAACAGCAGCCCCAGUACUUUUAAAGACUUAUGGGAUAGUGAAAGCAUUUCCACUGGGUUCUGUCGGGUAUAGAACUGCGGCGAAAGCGGCCGAAGCCGCGGUCAGAGCGUUACUUGCGUACGCUCAGCCGAUAGCAGAUGACGCUAAUGACGGAGAUUCGAUUCGCCGGGGACCCUGGACGUCCUUGUGCUCAGAAGUUAUAUCUUACACCAUGACCGCUCCGUACACUUUCGUCCCCGGUCUGUUAGUCUUCUCAGAAUUAUUGCCAUUACCUUUGCCGAUGCAAACGAAAACUGCUCCAACUGAAAGGGAAUUAGCUGACGCGGCAAACGAGAGGCGGUUAUGGUCGGCCCAUCUCCACGCACUGUCAAACGAUUUAACUGAUAUGGUUCAGAUCAUAUGCAUGUCGACUUACAGGCCGGUGGUGCACAUGUUGAGAAGGGUUUGUGUCCAAAUAGCUGAUCUGGCGCCGAAUACGGCCGCAAUAGUGGCCAAAGCGGCCGUCGGCGCUGUGACCAAGGAAUUUAAAACAGGAGAACAGGCCACGGCGAGUGCCGCUAGAGUUUUAGGCUUUUUAGCUUGUUUGGUAUCCCACACUCCCGUGAAAUGUGCUGUGUUACACACUAUGAAUACGGGAGGCGCUAAAGCGUUGGAUGUGCAGAAUGCUAUAUGUGGGAUUUUAAGUCUAGUGAAUGGUUCCAACGAGCACGCGGCGGCGCAAGAAUUCGCUGCGCAUGCGCUGGCCGCUCUGUGCGACGUCGAGAUUACUCUAACUCCGCUGAAUUCUUCGCAGACGGAUCGGCUGUUAGCCAACUCAUUGCCGAACAAAGACGCUCUUGCGGCUUUCCUUGACGCCACCGCGGAUUGUUUAGAGUCUAACACGAAAACUUGUGCCGUAGCGUCGUCUAUAUUACGGGCGUAUUUUGUUCUGACUGAGCAUGAGUAUGGGUUUCAACAGUUCAAGAAAUUUAUUACGAAAAGGCGAGAAUCUCUUGGGAAAUAUUUCAAGUGGUGUCUGGAAGGCCAGGGGGAGGAGAAAGCUGAAUGCUUGAAUUUGUAUAUAGAUUUGAUCAGGAUUUUGAAGGUGGAAGAGGGAGAAGGUCCAGUAGGGAGGCGGUCCACGUUGGGUGUGAGCGAGAUGGCCGACAUGGUGGGCUACUCGGCGGCGGAGGAGAAUCACCCGAUUUUGACUUUAGAGAAGAUUUUGAAGGACCGUAACGCGGACGAGGACGCGGUCGCCAACGCGACCUUCCUGUCCUCCCAGCUGCAGAGCGGCCCCUCCCCCCCUUCCCCGUGCACGCCGCCCCCGUCCCCGCCGCCCGCGCCCCCGGCGCCCCCAGCGCCCCCGGCGCCCCCAGCGCCCCCCGCCGACACCCUGGUGCAGCAGUUCUCCGCCCGCACCAUGUACAGCGCGGGGGAGGCGAGCGACGAGAGGUUGUCGAGCAGUUAUUGGCUGAAUGUGCCCGCGGCUAGUGGAGAGGACGACGUCAGCGUUAGCGAACUGGUAUCUUGCGACAUAAUGGAGAUCGCGAACACGUACCUGUCGUCUGCGGGCGGCGGCGCGGAGGUGGUGGACGGUGCUGUGCGCAGGCUGGCCGGCUGUCUGCGGCCGCUGCAUGCGCUGCAGGACCGGCAGCGCCCUGUGUCGGCUCACCGCGGGCGCGGCGAGGCGGGCGCGGGCGACGCAUUUCGGUCGCGGCCGCCCAACACGUCGCGGCCGCCGUCGCUGCACGUGGACGACUUCACCGCGCUGCACCAGGUCUACCACCCGCAGCACCCGCAGCACCCGCAGCAUCCGCAGCACCCGCAGCACGCGCAGCCCGCGCACAACAGAGGCGCGCGUCGCGGCGGCGCGCUCCCGACGCCGGACCGCGGCCGCUUCGCGUCCGCCGCGCCUGUGCACCACCACUACAAGAACCUUCGAGGCCGCGGCGCGUGGGAGAUGGGUGGGCAGCACUUCGGACACUUCGGGCCCGGCUCGCAGUAUAUGAUGGGAGGUAUGGGAUGGGGCGGUGCGCGAAUGCAGCGAGGACCCAGACAUCGCUCCUUCAUGCGAUAAUGAGCCCUAUUACCAUCGUCUAAGGGCCAAGGAAGAUUUUCAGGAGUGAACAUAAUAUAUUGGUGAAAAAUUCAUUUUCCCUGGGCUAUUAUAUAUUUAAGCAUAUCUAAUUGGAUGUAUGUAGAAAUUCAAACAAUAAAUGCAAUCUCGAAU